AUGAGCGCGUCCGGGCACCGCACCGCGAGCAUCGCAUCCGUCGAUCCGGCCAGCCCGCCGUCGCGCACGCUGCACGGCGUGCGACAGCGAACCGCGGACAGCAUGGCAGUGCGCGCCGUGCAACAAGCCGAGGAUGUGGAUGGGGCAAAGAUCGGCGUGGUCUUCACGCUGUCGCGCUCUGCAGACGAGCAGUUCCUGGGGCUGGUCGCCUCGGCCAUCAGGCGCGUGUCUUUCAGGCAGAGAUUCCUCUUCGCCAUCGGCUGCCCGAGCGCGUCCCCGGCGGAGCGCAGCCCGCUGGUCUUCUGCGGCACCACGGACGAGCUAGUCCAGCGGGCCGGCGUGCUCAGCAGCGCGAAGUUCCUCGGACGCGUCACGGAGGGGUCCUCGGCGGUCUCGCAGCUGUGGAUCUGCUCUGUGCGCAACCUCGCUGCGACGGCCUACGACGAGCUCGCGCUGUGGGACUGCCUCCGCAAGGCCGCGCGCGUACCCGCCGAUCCCCUCGCGCCGCCGCCGGGGGCGCGCAGCGUUCAGCAGCUCCUGUCGCACGCGCGCGCACGUCUUGAGAGGCUCACCCCACAGCAAGCAUACGAGGAUCUGCUCAGCACGAACCGUCCGUAUGCGAUCAUCCUCGUCGACAUACGCCCCGCACGGCAGCGCAUGCAGGACGGGGGCAUCCACGGCGCGAUCGUCGUCGAGCGCGGCCUGCUCGAGUGGCACCUCGACCCGCAGUCGCCUCAGCGGCUUGCGGUCGCCAACCGCUACGACACGCGGAUCGUGAUAUUCGACCAUGAGGGCGACGCGUCGUCCUUUGCUGCGGUCUCGCUGCACGAUCUGGGGCUGCUGCGUGCGACGGAUCUUAUUGGCGGCUAUGCCGCGUGGAGGGAGGCUGGCCUACCGAUGGAAGUCACACCGACUGCUCCUGCAGAGUCUGUACGUCCGAGCGAGGAAUAUUAG